CAGCUUGUGGCACGUCAACAGAUAUAUUUAGUCAACAGAAGAAGAUUAAGUAGUUUCCGUGCGCGGUUUGUUUAAUAUAUAGCUACAGCAGCGGACCUAGUUUAGCUAUAGGUGUAGACUCGCGCACCACUCCCUCCACUAGUACUGUGUAGGCACGACGUUGCAGUUUCGUAACGUUAGAACCUUCCCUCGCCCACGUACAUGUACAAUGCACGAUCUUCUGAAGAUAUUUGCAGGCGUGACACUGUUGUUUGCAAGUUGCUAUGCAGGCGGGAAACGCUUCCACAUAGCUGUAUCAGAGAGCGCUGAUCCAGGUCACGUGAUCAUGUGUUUAGGAGGCUUGACCGGAAAGACAACGUACCGCAUAACGGACGGAAACAAGGACGACCGGUUCGCCAUUGACCGUGACAGCGGCAAUGUGUACGUGAAGCGGUACCUCAACUUUGACAUUGACUCACACUAUGACGUCACGGUAACCGACGAUGACGACGGGCUGUUCCCGUUUAUGGUCCAAGUCAGCUCGAGCUCCAUGUUGGGUUACAGGCUCCUGUACAGCGACGGUCACAAGCAAGGGAAGCGGUCGACUUUGUCCCUAAAUGAUCAGUGUGGGGCGAAGGCUUAUGUGGUCAUGCGGGACGAGUAUCUGACCACUCAGAUACCUCCGGGUACGACGCCACAUUUCCUGGCUUCCUGCACAAAUACCAGAGACCCAACAAGAGGCACCCUGAGCGCCACCCCCUACUGGAAUGCAACGUACGAGCGCCCGCCAGAUGUCGCUAUUGACCCGCAGUGGUUUGCGAACAAGACGAGUUCACGUUAUGCCGCCCGCAGGCACGUUCUCCUUAUAGUGGACAUGGCGGACAUUGUGACGGACAACCUUCCCGUGUCCGACUGUCGACUGGAGUUUGAAACGGCCACGGGAUUUUCAUUUAAGUUUCAGGCGAUGCUCGCUUUGGAUGCCAUCGGUUGCCCUGAUGGUUACUACGGAGGGACAUGUAGGAACGUCUGUGUGUGUCAAAAUGGCGGCAGGUGUCAUCCUUUCAACGGCGCCUGCAAGUGCCCGGAUGGAUGGACGGGACGAGCCUGCGACAUCGUGGAUCCGAAGAUUGUGAUCUCUGCGGAACGUAGUGACGUCAUGUCCGGUCAGACGGUACAGAUCAGCUGUGCUGUCUUCAACGUCGAUCCCAGCAGCACUUUCGCGUGGGCGCUGAACGGUCGGCAGCUGUCUCCUAGCGACGGGGUGACUGAGAUCCUGACGUCACGAGGUUUCGACGGCAUGAACAGAACGUUCGUGAACACGACCAUCAUCGCAAACAUCUCCUCAUUGGCUGACUCCGGAGAGUACGCAUGCGCAUACGUGACCAGCAGCGGAAAGCUGUACCGCGAGUCCACUCAGAUCUCACUUGAAGGUGAAAGCAUUGCCUUGUACUUCAUGAGCGCUCUUGCACUUGGUCUUAUCGUCGCCAUGGCAACCCAGUGCGAGAUUAAUCGGCGCAAGCGCAAAGCAGCCCCGACAGCAGGCCCUCCGAGUGUCCCGGAUGUGAAGGCACGCAACGUGCAGCUUCAAACCCUGAUCGCUAGGGGAGCUGUUGAGAAUGAAUAUGAACAUGUCGUGUAGCUUUGUUACUUCCAUAGAAUAGAUAAUGCUAGAUUGUAUCUGUCUGUUCUCCAGUUGCAUGUGUCUUUUGAUCCCCUUUUUUCCCUUGCUCUGUAUGCGUACUUUGAAUUUGAAGUAAUUUGACUUUGAAGUAAUUAAAAAGGAAUGAUUAAUAAAGCAACACGACAAUAAUAGUUUUCCUUCGAAUUUGUCUAUGAAAUUUAAGAUUUCUAAAGGAGGUGAAAUUUUUUACAAUCAUUCUCCAAAUACAUGUAUUAAGAUAUAACCCCCCCCCCCAAUAUGUUAUUUUCAUAGAUAUAAUGAUAGAUUGUAUUUGUCUGUUUUACAGUUGCACCAGUCCUUUGACUCCUCUGUUUUCCUUGCUCUGUAUGCGUACUUACAUGUAAUGUAAGAGAAGUAAUUAAAAAGGAAUGAUUAAAAAAGAAACAGGACUUUCCUUCGAAUUUGU